AAAACAUCGAUACUAUCGAUAGUGCCCUCGAUGGUUUGACACCUCUAUUGGGCGCGCGUUUACAGAAAUUUUCUUAAUUACAGCUAAUAAUUCCUUUUAAAAUGGCACAGUCUGAUAAAAUUGAGGCUUUUAAAGCGUGGGCCACAAGUCUCGGCUGCCCGCCCAGUGUCAUACCAGCCGAUGAAGAUCUUAGAAACAUCUUCAAGUCGGGCUCCCACCAUCUUUUUGAUCAACUGCAGAGACGUAUUCGACCGCGUGAAGAGGUGGCGGAGCUAAGGGCCAAUCUGCUCAUCGCCGAGGUGGAGCGUCAUAAGAGCCUUGCCCUUAUGCCCCUAGCAUCGCGCAGCCUUCUGCCACCUCAGCUUCAAAGGCUGCAUCAAAUGAAGGAGCUGACGAAGCAGAAGGAGACGGCAGAGCAAACUCUGAAGGAGUUCAGACAGGAGUAUGAACAACUUUCCGCCAGCAUUAAAUCAAAGAACAUACAAACUAUCCGGGCCAAGAACAAGAGAGACCUUCUGGAGUCCAAAUGCAAUAUGCUGGAGCUAAAACUAGAGUCUAUGAAAAAGUCGUAUGAGCAGGAGCUGAGGAACAAGGCCCAAAUCUUGGCCACAACACCGGUCAAAUUGAAUUCAGAGAACGCCAGCGAGAAGAAAGCCUCCAGGGUGGUUGAGCAGGCGCUCAAGGAACUAGAUAAAUUCUAUGGUGUCUGCAAUGACGAGACCAACAAUGCCCACCAAUUGGCCCAGGCCAAGGAGCGGCUGUGGAACGAAAUGCGCAGCAUCUUUGCUAAAACGCCGAAUGCAUCACUUUUCAAUGUAAUAAUGAAGAUCAAGGAGGAGCAGUUGCAGCACAUAACGCAACUAAGUACGGCUAAUAAGGGAAACACCCCAAAAGCCAAGCCCCUGUUGACCAACUAUGAAGCGAAACUACUGCAGACCAAGGCGGAAAUGCUGGGACUGGCGGCCAACUACCUUUCUGCUGAUAAGGAGCUGCUCAAGCUGGAAGCUCGCUUCUGCCAGGAGUAUACUCCUUUUGUUGACGAACUGCAGAAGAAGGUGAACAGCUUCAAUCCCAGUGCCGACGUGGACAGCACUGAGGAGCUAAUCAGCGACUUUCUUGUGCAGUUUACCAUGCGAACUUUCAAUAUGGCCCGCAACGAGUACCUCGGCGAGCAAAUUGAGCAGUUGCGCCUAGAGUUGAAGGCAGGCAGCAAGCAGUUGGAAGAUCACGACCUACUUCUGGGCUCCGUGAAGCAAGUAUACAGCGAUAUAAGCACCUCCAUCCAUCGCAUACAAGAGGACAUGGGUCAGCUCUCGCAGAUAAAAGAGAAGAUCCUCUACUCGAGGAACAUGAUGAAGAACUUGCUCGAUGACAUGCAUGCAGCCACCCAGAACCAGAAAGCCAAGUCUCAGCUGAUGAGCACCAAGCUAAAGGUCAACAACAUGUCGAUGCUGGGCUCGGAGAGCUUCUACAUGGCCAACGACAGUGUGUUCUCCAGCACCAAGCUUGAAUUUGAUUGCAACACCAGCAUUGCGAACUUCACUCUGGUGCCUGGUGCAGCGGGCUCGGCAGCUGCUCUCUCAUCUGGUCCCGUCAAAUUUGUGCCCUGCCACCUGCUCGAACUGAACACGUUCGCCGAAAUGCCGCUGGUUAAGUUAAGCUUCAUACCCCGAUCCUGCGCCCAUUUGCUGUCGGCCAAUCCGCUCAUCGUUGAAGCCCAGGAGCUGGCCUCCACCGUUCAACUGGUGCCGGGCCAUCUGCUGACACCCUUCGGGGCAUUGCAGGAAGUCCGUAAACGCAUUUUGUGGGCGUCAGCAAUUGCCGCACACACGUCUGACUUGAAAUUGAGUUUGCAGCCGUUAAUUGUGGAUCCGCACGAUUUGAAGCUGAAGGCACGUCGCCAGCACGAGGAAAUCGAACAAAAGCUGGACAGCCUAAUGGCCAUCGCCGUGAAGUCCAAAAUUUAUUUGCAGAAGGCUGACCGCAUCUAUCGCUUCAUUCUCGAUAAUCCGCUGCAACGCUACGUGCCUCCCACAAAACUCUUCAGCAACGGCACCUUUUCCGACUACGAGUCGGAGUUUAAUCUCUAUUAUCGCAUGACCACCAUGGGUGCUUCGAUGAGGGGCAACUAACUAAGCAAUAAAUUGUGAAAAAUGCAGGCAAUUCUGGCCCAUGGAAAUGCCAUAAUAUGUUUAAGUUAUGUACUAUCCCUUGAAGGGAAAUAUAAUACAAAACGCUCGUUACUUUUAUAUAUUUUUAUUCAUUUUUUUUUGUUUUGUUUUGGUUUUUAUAUUUUAGUACAAAGUCGAAAUAGAUUUUUUUGCUACACCCUCAUUAAAAAUAGGGCGUACAAUUUGUCGGUGUUCAAAAGACUUUCGAAAUGCGCUUAGGAGCUAAUGAUGUACACAACGAUGUUGCCUUCAUUCGGAUAUGAAUUUAGCCGCGAUACCAAUGCAAAUUUGUAGUUUUGUUUUGGGGUGUGGUGUGUCAUGUUUUGCAGAACGAAAAUACUUUAAUAUUUAUUAAAUAAACAUAAAAUACUCCCAUAAUUCUGAGAUGUGUACUUGGAAUGCUGUGAUGUGUGUCGUCGUCGUCGUCAUUGUCAUUGUCUUUUGCUUAGAAUAAAAUACAUAUUUAAAACAUAUACAGAGCCAGAUCAGAAAACAAAACGGACGAAUGUGGCGGCUGGGUUCGGCUUUUAGGUUCUAAAUAAACUAUAUCGACUGUUCUGAUCUAGUUAUCGUGGGCCCUUUCACUUAGCGUACUUAACUUAAGACAUAAUAUUGGACGUUUGAAGAUUGGACAGGGCGAAACGGAAAAGGAAAAGGAAACAGAAACAGAAACUACAAAACAAA